CAUGCGACUCGAGAACGCUAGAGGGCGCCGUUUCCGGGAGCCCGCGCGCUGCUUCCGGGGUCUCGUACGCCGACUUGGACACAGAGAAGCCAGAGACUUUCGCUUCCGGCUGCCGCAGGCCCUUCGCUGGUGCAGACGCAGUGCUGAGCCCAUAGCUGCCGGACAAAGAGUGACGCCCGGAGCAGCCGGAGUUAUGGCGGCGACCGAGCCGAUCUUGGCGGCCACUGGGAGUCCCGCGGCGGUGCCACCGGAGAAGUCGGAAGGAGCCUGUUCGAGCUCAGACCGUGAGCGAAUCUCCGUGGGCUCCUCGCUGCCAGAGGCCUCACCGCCUGCCCCCGAGCCUUCCAGCUCCAACGCCGCGGUCCCCGAGGCCAUCCCUACGCCUCGGGCUGCGGUCUCCGCAGCCCCGGAGCUGCCCCUCGGGCCUGCACCCUUGAGCAUCGCGCCUCAGGCCGAAGCCGGAGCGCGCUCCCCACCAGGCCCCACCGGCUCUAGACCCGGCCCCGAGACGUUCCGCCAGCGUUUCCGGCAGUUCCGCUACCAGGACGCGGCGGGUCCCCGGGAGGCGUUUCGGCAGCUGCGGGAGCUCUCCCGCCAGUGGCUGCGGCCUGACAUCCGCACCAAGGAGCAGAUCGUGGAGAUGCUCGUGCAAGAGCAGCUGCUUGCCAUCCUGCCGGAGGCGACGCGGGCCCGGCGGAUCCGCCGCCGCACGGAUGUGCGCAUCACUGGCUGAGCGGUGGAGCUAGGGGCGGCCAGGGCCGGGCGCUCUGUGUGGACUGGGGCCAUGAUCCGGUCCGGGGGCCUGAACCUAGGACCGCACCGCGUGUUAAUGAAAAACGAGCCUUGGCAGCGCC